AUGGACAAGAGUCUGAGCCAGAGCAUGAGCAUGAGCAUGAGCCAAAAUCACAUGCUGCACGGGCCCAACUCUGGCGACCGCCAGCUGCCGCCAUCUUCCUCGUCUGUCCCUCCUCUGCCCACUACGCACACGCACAACCACCACCACGACCACCACCCUCACACGCACUCUCGUCCUCGCCCUCACACUACUACUUUUUCUCCUGCCGCUACCACCACUUCAGCUGCCGGUACUUCUUCGACUACCGCCGCUUCCUCUCCAGCAAAGCCUUCAUCUUCCAAGGUCAAGCACGUUCUCUCCCACGCUCGCUACGACCCGACACACCUCCCGUCCCAGCUGCCCUCAUAUGCUCCUCCGAGCUAUGCGCAUGCCCAGUCCCACGAUCCCAACUUGCUGAGGUUUCCCGACGCUCCGACUACCGAGCUUGCACCCAUCCUUCCCGCCGCCAAACAUAAUGAUAACGUCGGCCACAACCUACCAUCUUUGUCGUCUGUAACAGGUCCCCCGCCCCCGCGCUUUGCUCCUCCUCCACCACCACCACCACCUCCGUCGCAGUCCCUCGAAGCCAAACAUCGUCGCCAACAACCGCAGCCUCAACAACCUCCACCUGCUCUUACGCGAGCCUCGACGACGACCGUUCCUCUAACGCACUGGCCGAGCCUCAAUCCCCUCACCACCUACUACACCCCCAGUCAUGCUCAACCUGCCAACACUACAGCGAGAAUGGACCUCGACCUAAGCAACAAUACUCCUAUGAGUGCUGCAUCACCAGAUCGAUACUACGAUACACGAGAACGCAGCGUUCUUCUCGAGGACCCAGAUGUGCGAAUGGCUGCUGAAGCGCUUGGCGAUCUGAAAGCUGGUGAUGACCACUCCAUCAACUCACCACAACCAUAUCAUACCCCGUUGCCAGUAGGCUCUCCGGCGAUCUCCAUAACUUCGAACCCGCAAGCGAGCUCGCAAACAUCCGCCGAAGAGCCCCUCCUAUCGCUUUUGACGACAUCUCAUCCUAUGAUCGCCAACACCAUCAAGAAUACCGCCGGACUCUACAACAAUGGAAAGACCUUCUCUCCUCGAUUCAAGACUAGCGCCGAAUACGUCGAAGGAUACAUGACACCAAUCACAAACGUCGCUGGGAACAUUAGUCGGAAGACGGGUAUUGAGACUGGUGUUCGUUGGUGGCUGGGGGCGAAUCGGCGACACCAAUCCACAGACUUGGAAGCCGCUGAUGGGGGUUCUCACAAGAGACGCAAGGUCGAUACCGGAGGCGACUUGGCUAGGCACUUGGCCGAUUCGCAAACGAACGUCAUGCCUGAUAUCGACUCUCCACGAGACCCCUACGUGUUCAAGCAUGACCGCCGACUCUCCAGAGCGAGCACCAUCGAUACGCUGCCCGCGUACGAUGACUACCGCUCACCCGCUUACACUGAAGACGAGAAGGCUGAGAGGCCCAACAGCUCUAACACUGCAUGGCAAUCUCGACUCAUCAUGUCUACGUCUGGUCUCAGUAUCGCCAUGAGUGAAGAAAGUCUUCGGAGUCUAAAAUACUGCCUGAGCUGGUUGCGGUGGGCUAACGGCCAUCUUGGUGGUGUCAUCAACAAUCUCAAGACGGUUCUCGAGCAGUAUGAGAAAGCUGGUCGAUCUGAGAGCCAGGGCGAGAACGGCGACGGCGACCACACCAUGACCGACAGUGAUACCGAGGCAGCGGAGCAUCAAAAGCGUGCCCAGUUGGCGGGCCAGAUCAGUGGCCUCAAGGGUGACAUCUUGAAGACCCUGAAAAACUGCAUCGAGACCGUCUCCAAGUAUGCUGGCGGCGCUCUCCCCGAGAACGCGCGUCUCCUAGUCCAUCGCCAUUUGACCACGCUCCCGCAACGCUUCCGCUACGCUAGCGCCCUUGAAAAGCAACAGGGCGAUAAGACUGGCGCCGAGGCACAAGAGGAGGCGAUGCGUGAAGGUGCCCAUCGUGUCUUGGUUCUCGCCAAGGAGGGUCUUGACAUGAUGUUCCAAGUUAGUGGUGUCCUUGAUGGCACCAUUGUCAGUGCUGAGGAAUGGUGUGAGCGCCUGGGCAAGAAGAAGAGGGAGCAGCCUGAAACCGAUUCUUCUCAACCUCAGCCUUUCGAGGGCGACGUCAAGUCCGCCUCCGUUUGA